AUGCCUCCUAGAGUUGUCAGUGAAGUCGAGGUGCAGAUCCUGAACAACAUUGGCCUGGUGUAUGCCAAGCUCCAGGAUUACGAUCGGGCCUACGAGUGGCACGCGUUGCUGCCCAUCUUUGCGAAAUCUUGCAAGUAUGUCGGAGUGUCAGAGCACAAGUGCAGAAUCAAGUCUUCGGUUCGAGGUACGACAAGGCUCACAAACAAGACCCAAGUUAAAACCCUGUUCUCCCUGGCAUGGGUGCAGCGAAAGCGCCAGAAAUUUUCGCACGCGAGGGAGCUCUUCAUGAUGGUUCUUGACCUUGACCCUGGUCACGGCAAGGCCAUGUGGCUUCUGGGGGACAUCUUGAAGACAUGUCAGGACUUUGAAGGUGCAAUCCAGCAGUUUCAGGCACUCGUCAGGACCCAGCCUGAGAGCCCUGAUGGGCACGUAUCCCUGGCUCAGUGCUAUGAUGCAACCAAGCAGUACAGCAAAGCGGUGCAAAUCUACAAGAACAUCCUGGAAACCUUAUGCCCAGGUCGCACUGAGGUGCACUUCGCUCUUGGGAAGGAUUACUUCCUCUUGAAGCAGUAUCGGCAAGCUGUAGUCGAAUUAGACAAGGUGCCGGACAAUGACCCCAAAGCUGUCGAGGCACGGUCUUACGGAGCGAAGGCUUGUCGAGAACUCGAGGACCACGAGCGAGCUAUCUCCCUUGCAGAGUCUGCUGCGCACUGUCAUCCGCAUCCGGAAGUGAUGCAUUUUCUCGGAGAGGAAUAUGCCCGUGUUGGGGAGCAGCACAAGGCUGCCCAGUGCUUCUCGCGCGGAUUGGAGCUGGAGCCGAACCACCUACCUUCCUUGAUGGAGCUGGGUCAACUGGCGUGCCGGCCCGAGAGCUGA